AUGGUGCACUGGUCAGCCGAGGAGAAGCAGCUCAUUGCCAGCGUCUGGAGCAAGGUGAACGUGGAGGAAUGCGGCGCCGAGGCCCUGGCCAGGCUGCUGAUCGUCUACCCCUGGACCCAGAGGUUCUUUGCUGACUUUGGGAACCUGUCCAGCCCCACUGCCAUCAUCGGCAACCCCAAGGUGCGAGCACAUGGCAAGAAGGUGCUCACCUCCUUCGGGGAGGCUGUCAAGAACCUGGACAACCUCAAGGCAACCUUUUCCAAGCUGUCUGAGCUGCACUGUGAGAAGCUGCACGUGGACCCCGAGAACUUCAGGCUCCUGGGAGACAUCCUGGUCAUCGUGCUAGCUGCUCACUUCACCAAGGACUUCAGCCCUGCCUGCCAGGCCACCUGGCAGAAGCUGGUGGGGGUGGUGGCCCAUGCCCUGGCACACAAGUACCACUGAAGUCCCUGGGGCAGCUGCACCUGGGACAGGCAAUAAAA